AUGACAACAGCACUAAACAGGAGGCAAAUCCCAGCUCUGGCAGCAAACACCUGUCAAGCUUUAAAGAACAACUACAUGAAAGAAGCAAAGGGUGAACCCGGAGAAGCUGGUAACCCUGGACCUCCUGGAGAAUCUGGAACAUCUGGUCCAAAAGGUGAAAGGGGAGAAAAAGGUGAGGCUGGUCCACCUGGAGCAGCCGGACCACCAGGUGCUAAAGGACCUCCAGGUGAUGAUGGGCCUAAGGGUAACCCAGGUCCGGUUGGUUUUCCUGGAGAUCCUGGUCCCCCUGGAGAGCCCGGUCCAUCUGGUCAAGAUGGUGUUGGUGGAGAGAAGGGUGAAGAUGGUGAUCCUGGUCAACCUGGUCCACCAGGUCCUUCAGGAGAAGCUGGCCCACCUGGUCCACCUGGAAAGAGAGGACCUCCUGGAGCAACUGGAGCUGAAGGCAGACAAGGUGAAAAAGGUGCAAAGGGUGAACCUGGUGCAGAAGGAGCUCCUGGAAAGACAGGUCCAGUUGGUCCUCAGGGACCAGCAGGAAAACCUGGCCCUGAGGGUCUCCGGGGCAUUCCUGGCCCUGUGGGAGAACAAGGUCUACCUGGAGCACCAGGUCAGGAUGGCCCUCCUGGGCCUCUGGGUCCACCUGGCUUGCCUGGUCUGAAAGGAGAUCCAGGUUCCAAAGGAGAGAAGGGACAUCCUGGUUUGAUUGGCUUGAUUGGACCUCCAGGAGAACAAGGUGAAAAGGGUGAUAGGGGUCUUCCUGGCCCACAGGGGUCUCCUGGAGCCAAAGGUGAUGCAGGAAUUUCUGGUCCUGCUGGUCCACUCGGACCCCCUGGUCCUCCUGGUUUACCUGGUCCCCAAGGUCCAAAAGGUUCCAAAGGAUCCAGUGGUCCUGCUGGUCAAAAGGGUGACAGUGGUUUACCUGGCCCACCUGGUCCUCCAGGUCCUCCAGGUGAAGUAAUUCAGCCACUGCCAAUCCAGUCACCCAAAAAGACUAGAAGAUCUCCAGAUUACAUGGUAUCUGAUGCUGGCGAUAAUAUUCUGGAUUAUUCUGAUGGCAUGGAGGAGAUCUUUGGUUCACUGAAUUCACUGAAGCAAGACAUUGAGCAUAUGAAAUAUCCAAUGGGCACUCAGAACAACCCAGCCCGAACUUGCAAAGACUUGCAGCUCUGCCACCCAGACUUCCCAGAUGGGGAAUAUUGGAUUGAUCCUAACCAGGGUUGUUCUGGAGACUCCUUCAAAGUGUACUGCAAUUUCACAGCAGGUGGGGAAACUUGCAUCUACCCAGAUAAGAAAUCUGAAGGAGUUAGAAUUUCAUCAUGGCCAAAGGAGAAUCCAGGAUCUUGGUUUAGUGAAUUUAAGCGUGGCAAACUUCUUUCAUAUUUGGAUGUUGAAGGCAAUUCCAUUAAUAUGGUUCAAAUGACAUUCCUUAAACUACUGAGUGCCUCUGCCAGACAAAAUUUCACAUACAACUGCCAUCAGUCUGUAGCUUGGCACGAUUCCUCAUCUGACAGCUAUGACAAAGCACUAAGGUUCUUAGGAUCAAAUGAUGAAGAGAUGUCUUAUGACAACAAUCCUUACAUCAAAGCCCUUCACGAUGGCUGUGCGUCAAGAAAGGGCUACGCAAAGACAGUGAUUGAAAUCAACACACCUAAAAUAGACCAAGUGCCUAUAGUCGAUGUGAUGAUCAAUGACUUUGGCGAUCAGAACCAAAAGUUUGGAUUUGAGGUUGGUCCUGUCUGCUUCCUUGGUUAAACUUAAGAAAAAGAUCAGAUCAACAAAAACGUGGCACUUUGGUGCUACCAGCCCACUUCAUGCCACAUGCAAGUUUUGAAUAAGAAUGGCAUAGAAAAUAUGUCUUGCUGUGUACCUAUGUCUCAUCUAGAAAGUAACUGUUGCCCUUGUAGGGCCAGAAUCACAUGACUUAAACUAAUUUUGCAAGGAUGCUGUGGCACAGACAGACAACAUAGGGCUCACUUUGUCAACGCCCCACCUUACCUUUGGAUACCUUUGGUGCUGUUUAAAAAAAGAGAAAAAAAGAACAAAUGACAUGGUGCUCCUUUGAUUACAAAGAGGUGUUUUGAAAGUGUUUAAUAAAUUGUAAUUAUUCUAUGUACAGUACUAUACUGUUAUUUCUCUGUCCAUUUGCAAAACUUGCAUGUGCCUCUAAAUUGUAUCUGGCUCUUAUUUUAUAAUUACAAAACUACAUUGUCAAUACUGUUUAUGUAUUCUGAAAAAAUAAAGCUGUAAUUGCCAGUGAAGCCAUUUCAAUUUCUAAUUAAUAAUAAAAUCCCUUUGUAUAUAUUGUUGUUGAAGAGCUUUGUUAUUUGAAGUCGCCAAAAAACCUUAAGGUGGCAAAACUGGAAGAUCUCGAGCAGCACACUCAAAUACCCUUUUCUGCUGAUAUUAUUAUGUGAUGAUGAAUUUCAAUACUGAAAGCACCUUCAAAGGUGUUGUGUUCCAUGGUGCUAUACCUCAGACUUUUUAUUUUCUUUUCUAAUUUCAGAAUUUCAUACGAAAUCUGUAUAUACCUAAAAUAAAUAAAUUUAUAU